AUAUAUAUAAUAAUAGUAAAAAUGACAAAAUUACACAACAAAGUUAAAGAUAUGAGCUUAGCCGCUUGGGGUCGUAAAGAAAUCGAAAUUGCCGAAAAUGAAAUGCCAGGUUUAAUGGCCUUAAGAAAGAAAUACGGUUCAACUCAACCAUUAAAAGGUGCUCGUAUUGCUGGUUGUUUACACAUGACCAUCCAAACUGCCGUUUUAAUUGAAACCUUAACUGCUUUAGGUGCUGCUGUCCAAUGGUCAUCAUGUAACAUUUUCUCCACUCAAGAUCAAGCCGCCGCCGCUAUUGCUGCCACUGGUGUCCCAGUCUAUGCCUGGAAAGGUGAAACCGAAGAAGAAUACAACUGGUGUAUUGAACAAACCAUUGUUUUCCAAGAUGGUCAACCAUUAAACAUGAUCUUAGAUGAUGGUGGUGAUUUAACCAACCUCGUCCACGCCAAAUACCCACAAUACUUAGCUGGUAUCAAAGGUAUCUCAGAAGAAACCACCACUGGUGUCCACAACUUAUACAAAAUGUUCAAAGAUGGUAAAUUAAAAGUCCCAGCCAUCAAUGUCAAUGACUCUGUCACCAAAUCAAAAUUCGAUAAUUUAUACGGUUGUCGUGAAUCAUUAGUCGAUGGUAUCAAACGUGCCACCGAUGUUAUGGUUGCUGGUAAAGUUGCCGUCGUUGCUGGUUAUGGUGAUGUCGGUAAAGGUUGUGCUCAAGCUUUAGGUCGUCAAGGUGCUCGUGUUAUGGUCACUGAAAUCGAUCCAAUCAAUGCCCUCCAAGCCUGUAUGGAUGGUUACCAAGUUGUCACCAUGGAAUAUGCUGCCUCACAAGCCAACAUCUUUGUUACCACCACUGGUUGUAAAGACAUUAUCGUCGGCAAACACUUUGAAGUCAUGAAAGAAGAUGCCAUCGUCUGUAACAUUGGUCACUUUGAUUGUGAAAUCGAUGUUGCUUGGUUAAAUGCCAACGCCAAAAAAGAUAACGUUAAACCACAAGUUGAUCGUUACACUUUAGCCAGCGGUACCCACAUCAUCUUAUUAGCCGAAGGUCGUUUAGUCAACUUAGGUUGUGGUACUGGUCAUCCAUCAUUCGUUAUGUCAAACUCUUUCUGUAACCAAACUUUAGCCCAAAUUGCCCUCUGGACUGAAACCGAAAAAUACCCAUUAGGUGUUCACUUCUUACCAAAAAUUUUAGAUGAAGAAGUUGCCCGUCUCCAUCUCGGUCAACUCGGUGCCACUUUAACCGUUUUAACUCAAGACCAAGCUGAUUACUUAGGUGUUUCAAUCGAAGGUUGUUACAAACCAGAUCAUUACCGUUAUUAAAUUGUUUCACUAAAUAUUUAUAUUUAGGGUUUCUUACUUUAUAUACUGUGUUUUUACAAUAAAUCUUUUUUUUUUUUUAAUAUGAUAUAUUUUAUUAUAUAUAAUAUCUAAAAAAAUAAAGAAAAAAAAAUUAAAAAAAAUAAAAAAAAUUAAAAAAUU